UACACUUAGGAUAUUUCCUGUUUCUCUUUGAACUUUGUAGGAAAAAAGAUUUCUUCCUAAGUUUGUGUGUAACAGAGGUUUAAAUAAUCAAAGUGGCUAGAUUGAUACUUAUAUUUUAUUGUUCCUACCUUUUUAAAAGAAAACUGGAAGUGGUAUGGUGAAGGAGAAAAAUGAAAUGUCUGUGAAAUGAAAAAGGCAACAUAAGUAUAGGAAAUUAAAACUAUUUCAAGAGUUGGUGAUGAGUUUUUUUUUUUUUUAAUUUUAUUUUAUUUAUUUAUUUUUGGCUGCGUUGGGUCUUCGUUGCUGCACGCGGGCUUUCUCUAGUUGUGGUGAGCGGGGGCCACUCUUUGUUGCGGUGCAUGGGCUUCUCAUUGCUGUGGCUUCUCUUGUUGCCGAGCACAGGCUCUAGGCACGCGGGCUCAGUAGUUGUGGCUUGCGGGCUCUAGAGCGCAGGCUCAGUAGUUGUGGCGCACGGGCUUAGUUGCUCCGUGGCAUGUGCGAUCUUCCCAGACCAGGGCUUGAACCUGUGUCCCCUGCAUUGGCAGGCGGAUUCUGAACCACUGCGCCACCAGGGAACCCCUGGUGAUGAGUUUUUAAGGUGAAAGCAAAGGGAAAAUUAUUGUUUUGGUUUAUUUGGCAGAUGAAAUAAGAGCAGACUCUAGCCUUCUUUCCUGGCUUUUAUUUUGCCCUUCAAUUGUUUUCUUUCACUGAAAGAUGGGUGAUAUUGGGCUUCCUCUUUUCUGGCUAUUUGGCUUUAGUAGAAAGCUCCCUGUCCCUCCACAGUCAGACCCAGCUGCGUGUCUGCCCUUGACAGCCCGGAGUGAGACUGUCUGACCCGCUCUCCUGGGCGGGCCAUUGUGCAGCUCCCACAAAGGCUCCUUGUAAGGCAGGUUUAGUGUGUCAGCCCUGCAUUGUGAGCCUGGUUGGGUCUGUGUAAUUGCUGUCUCCUCCAAUCCCUCCCCACCUUUAUUUUCUUGUGGCAAAUUGAUCAGAGUGAUGUGGGAUAAAUGUGACUCACUGGGUACAUGAAGCACAUUUUUAAAAAUUGAGGUAUUGUUAAUGCACAAUGUUAUGUAAGUUUCAGGUAUACAAUGUAGUAAUUCACAAUUUUUAAAGGUUAUAUUCCAUUUAUAGUUAUUAUAAAAUAUUGGCUAUAUUCCCUGUGUUGUACUAUAUAUCUUUGUAGCUUAUUUUAUACAUAGUAGUUUGUACCUCUUAAUCUGCUACCCUUAUCUUGCUCCUCCCCCCUUCCCUAUUCUCACUGGUAACCACUAGUUUGUUCUCUAUAUCCGUGAAUCUGUUUCUUUUUUGUUAAUAUUCACUAGUUUGUCGUAUUUUUUAGAUUCCACAUAUAAAUCACAUUACACAGUGCUUACCUUUCUCUGUCUGACUUAUUUCACCCAGCAUAAUGCCCUUCAAGUCCAUCCAUGUUGUUGCAAAUGGCAAAAUUUCAUUCUUUUUUAUGACUGAGUAGUAUUCCAUUGUAUAUAUGUACCACAUCUUCUUUAUUCAUUCAUCUGUUGAUGGACACUUAGGUUGCUUCCAUAUAUUGGCAAUUGUAAAUAGUGCUGCUAUGAUCACUGGGGUGCAUGUAUCUUUUCAAAUUAUAGUUUUGGGGUUUGUUUGUUUUUUCAGAUACAUAUCCAGGAGUGGAAUCGCUGGUCAUAUGGUAGUUCUGUUUUCAGUUUUUUGAGAAACCAUAAGGCACAUAUUAAGAGCAGCUUCUGCAGUGCCAGAAGUGGUAUGCUUGUCUUACAGCUCUGACCUUCUGCAAGUAUUUGUCCUCAGUGCUUCUGUAGCACUUUGUCGUCUCUGCUAAAGUUCCCUCACCCUGUCGUGCUUUCUGUUUGCAUGUCUGUCUUCUCUGCUUGAUUGUGAGCCCUUUUAGGGCAAGGACUGUGCCUCAUUUAUCUUUUUUUUUUUUGUCAUGAAUGUUCAAAACAACUUUAUUCAUAAUAGUCAAAAACUGGAAACAAUCCAGCUGUCAACCAACUGGUAUAUCCACAUCAUGGAUGUUACUCAGCAAGAAAAUACUGAUACACACAACAACUUGGAUGAAUCCCCAGGGAGUUAUGCUGAAUGAAAAAGCCAAUUCCAAUCUAGAGACUGUCAUACAGAGUGAAGUUAUUGAAUCUUUGGGAAUUAUUAUUUAUAAGGCACUGGACUAUGGCUUGAAGGAGAAUGAAGAAAGGGAAUUAAGCCCUCCCCUGGAGCAGCUCAUCGAUCGCAUGGCCAACACGGUAGAGGCUGAUGGCAGCAAUGAUGAGGGCUAUGAGGCUGCAGAUGAAGGUCUGGAGGAGGAGGAAGAUGAGAAGAGAAAAAUCUCAGCAAUCCGGUCCUAUAGAGAUGUCAUGAAGUUAUGUGCUGCUCAUCUCCCAACUGCAUCAGAGGCACCAAAUCAUUAUCAGGCAGUGUGUCGUGCACUGUUUGCAGAGACAAUGGAGCUGCAUACAUUUCUGACUAAAAUUAAGAGUGCAAAGGAGCCUGGCGAAGGUGCUCUCUGCGGUUAUUCCUGUUUUCCUGUAAGAACAGUCACCUGCAACAGACUGUCCUGGAACAUGGCUGACAAGAGUCCCUGGAGGAAAGUGCAGAAUCUGAAGAAGAUUCAAGAAAUGGAGAAGAGUAACGAAUCUAACACAGACCUGGAGGAGCUGAAAAACGCUGACUGGGCUCGAUUCUGGGUGCAGGUGAUGAGGGAUUUGCGGAAUGGAGUAAAACUCAAGAAGGUCCAAGAGCGGCAGUAUAACCCUCUGCCCAUUGAAUAUCAGCUCACCCCUUAUGAGAUGCUAAUGGAUGACAUUCGAUCCAAAAGAUACACUUUGCGAAAAGUGAUGGUGAAUGGUGAUAUUCCCCCUCGGUUAAAAAAAAGUGCUCAUGAAAUCAUCCUGGACUUCAUCAGAUCAAGACCUCCUUUAAAUCCAGCCUCAGCCAGAAAACUGAAGCCUACUCCACCACGGCCACGGAGCCUCCAUGAAAGGAUCCUGGAAGAAAUCAAAGCAGAAAGAAAGCUGCGGCCCGUGUCACCAGAGGAAACCAGACGCGGCAGGUUAGAGGUAGCUACCCCUGCAUCUCCAAAGAAUGUCCUGGAAUCAUCGAUGGUGAAUGGAGGUUUAACGUCACAAUCAAGAGAAAAUGGGGCAGGUGCCGUACAGCAGGUGCCUGUGCAGCGGAAGAAACUCCUCAAAGCCCCAACUCUGGCCGAGCUGGACAGCUCUGACUCGGAGUGUGAACUGGGCUUCCCUGGUGGCGCAGUGGUUGAGCGUCCGCCUGCUGAUGCAGGGGACGUGGGUUCGUGCCCUGGUCCAGGAAGAUCCAACAUGCCGCGGAGCGGCUGGGCCCGUGAGCCAUGGCCACUGAGCCUGUGUGUCCAGAGCCUGUGCUCUGCAACGGGAGAGGCCACAACGGAAGAAACUCUGCCCAGGUCAGCCAGCAGCAGUGCAUCUCCCUCCUUCCUUGAAGCUCCCUUUCUGGAGGCUGUGUCCACAAGGAAGAACCCUCCAAAGUUCUUGCCCAUGUCCUCCACGCCCCAGCCAGAACGACGGCAGCCACCCCAGAGACGACAUUCCAUUGAAAAGGAAACACCCACUAACGUGAGACAGUUCCUGCCAGCGUCCAGGCAGAGCUCCCGGUCUCUCGUUCCUAGGAUAACCAGAGUAUGGCCAACGACACCUUUCCGACCACUUUUUUCUACCCUUCAAACAGCUUCUCUGCUCGGCUCUCACCCUUUGGAGGCAGCCUUGUUGGGGGUAGCAGGGGCUAUGUAUUAUCUGUGUGAGAGAGCUUUUACCAGCAGGUGGAAAUCCGCAAAGGAGGAAUUCUGCUACCCAGUGGAAUGCCUAGCACUUACUGUGGAGGAGGUGAUGCAUAUUCGUCAGGUCCUGGUGAAGGCAGAGCUGGAAAAAUACCAACAGUAUAAAGAUGUCUACACUGCUCUGAAAAAAGGAAAGCUCUGCUUUUGUUGCCGAACCAGGAGAUUUUCCUUCUUCACUUGGUCUUAUACCUGUCAGUUCUGUAAGAGGCCGGUGUGCUCACAGUGUUGCAAAAAGAUGCGGCUGCCCUCCAAGCCAUACUCCACCCUUCCUAUCUUUUCAUUGGGACCUUCUGCCUUGCAGAGAGGGGAAAGUUGUAUGAGGCCAGAAAAACCCGCCACUGGCCACCAUCGGCCACUUCGGAGCAUUGCCAGAUUGUCCUCAAAAUCCAAGUCUGUGGACAAAUCAGAUGAAGAACUCCAAUUUCCCAAAGAGUUGAUGGAGGACUGGAGCACCAUGGAGGUGUGUGUAGACUGCAAAAAGUUCAUUUCAGAAAUCAUCAACUCAAGCCGGUAUAGCCUGGUGCUGGCCAACAAAAGAGCCCGAUUGAAAAGGAAAACGCAGUCUUUCUACAUGUCCUCAGCGGGCCCUUCGGAGUACUGCCCUUCAGAGAGGACCAUCAGUGAGGUCUGAGCCCCGUGCAUUCGUGUGCAGAGUCGCAUUCGCGAGAGAACACUGAGCAGGGCUGUCUUCUCGCCGCAGUUAACUGGUUCGGGUUUGCAUGAGAUCAGGGUUUUGCUGUAUCACACUGUUCCACAGACUGAACACUGUGUUCAUAUCAGCCAGUUCCUUGUCUGCACUGAGAGAGGACAGUAGUUUGAAACUUGCUUCUGUGUGUGUGGGGAUUUGGAGGCCAGAAACUUUUUCCUUAGUUCAGUUCUUUACUGUCCCUCAAAUAAUUUUCUGACUGAGGCAGAAAGCUUCUGGUGUGAGAAAUCGGUCUAACACAGGCGUCGAAGUCAGCACAGUCUAAGCAGUAAGUCAUAUUGGCAUUUCCACCCGACAGUGUUCCUACCUGAUGCACACAGAUCCCUGGAGGCUGGGCCAGGCUGUUACCGUCUCACAGCACAGAACCUACAAGGAUUUGCUCAUGCUCAAACUGGUUUUAAAUUAUUGUUGCUCUGAGAUAAAGACUCGGGAGGGACUUUACUCCGCGCUCCAGUACAAAGCAUCUGGAUAAGCUGUACGCUCAAGUGGACGCCCAUGUCCCCCACGCUGUGUCUGUGUCCGGGCAGUGGGGUGGUGUCUCUUGAGGCAGGUGCAGGGCUUUCCUUAUCUUGAAUGUAUUAUGGUUACUAGUAGUUUUAUAUUGGAGGUCUAAGGUUUAAAGUUUUGUGGUGUUUGGGGACAAGGGCAGGCUAGAAGUUUGUCCAGAAGUUGAGUAUUUUGGCCAAUAGGAGAAGGGCUGUGAGUGCGUCGGCCACGCCGCAGGGAACGAGCUGGAGCGCCCACAUCUCCAACCGCAGUUUUUAUAACUUUAGUCUUGCCAUCAUGACUAAAUUAAGCCACAAUUUGGUAUCUAAGGUCUCAAACUGAAAUUUAUUUUUAUAAAUGAAUUUUAAAAGAAAAAACAUGGUCUAGUUCAUUUAAAAUUAACCUGCUGAUGAUAGGCUUUGUGGAUGCUUUUUGCACAUGUUCUCCUUGUAAGUGACUUGAGUAGGACGGGUUUUGAUGAAGCCAGGUUGAGGCAGCACCAUACACCUGUCAUUUCUCGACUGUGUGGCCCAUGACACCUGUCAUUUCUCGACUUGUGUGGCCCAUUCCGUGGCCGUCUUUAUGAUUUUGGUUCGCUUGGCAGACCAGCCAGUCAAGUUGCCAGUCAUGGUUGGAAGCUCGGUUAAUGCACACGCACAGCAGUUUCCUGAACGCUCUCUAGGACACAUCUGUAGUCAGCGCCGUGACAGCACCGCUCACCAAAAGGCAGGGCAGUCACACUUCAUACCACCUCACAAUACAGGAACAUUUCUAUAGCGAAUUUCUAUUUCUAGAAUUUCUAGAAUUUCAUUUCUAUAAUUCUAUAGUGAAUUAACAGUAAUACCUCAGAACUGCCCUGGUAGUGGUUUUACAUGACUGAAAUUUAUAAAUUAGUAAAUGGCUUAAAAUUACUUACAUUUACAAAAUAAACUUUACCAAUUGACUGAAGUAAUGCAUGUUAACAGUUUGUCUGUAUUUGCAUGUAAAAGUGGGCCACCAGAGAACCCUUACUGAUUAUGGAAACGUUUAAAGUUUUAAAGACUCACGUAAGAGCUUUAAACAUUAUAUUGAGUGAAUCUAAUUUAUAAAAUUUUGGUGUGAGCAGCUUCUAAACCACCACCAGGAAGGGUGCAAGGGAGACGGGGUGGUGUUUGUAUCCAUGCACAGACCUCACCUAGGAGAGUGUGCUUUUUAAAAUAACGACUAGUUUACAGGUGUUAAUAAAACAAACACAAGAAACUAAACCCCCUAAAUGAGAAUCCCGUCCACAUUCACAAGGCACAUAAAAUCUAGCACAUCUAGUCUUUCACUUCACUUCGCCAGGUUUGUGACACUGUGCAGGCUGUCUGGGCAUCGUGGCCGCCUCUUAGCAGAGUCCACAGCACUGUCCACAGCACUAACAGGCUUUGCCGAGUGUAUUGAAGAGGUCAAGUGGGUGGUAGGUCUCCGUGGGACAGUUUGCAGAAAGUACAGCAGAAAAGGGCACAUGGCACAGCUAAUAUUGUAGAAAUCAAAUCAGCAUCACUAUCUGGUGCCAAAACAAAUUCUUGCACUUACCCCCUCCCUUAUCCAUGGCAUGUAUCCCCAGCACCUCAGCCAAAUCAGGUAACUUCAAGAGGGUCAUUCACUGCCAGCCUGUGGGGCAUGCUUUCAGUCCUCAGCCUUGUUUGACCUGAGGCCUAGCUUCCUUCCUCCCUUCCUACUGGGAUAACACACCUUCCCAGGCCUUCUCUUUGUCCUGGUUGUUGGCACUUACUUCUGGUCUGACAACAACAGUGUCAUUGGCUGGCUGGUCUCCUGGAGCCUGAUGUAUCCCAGCGGGGGGCUUCACUUUCACCCCCUCCCUCCAGGCUCACACCCUCCCUUGCAUCCCCUGCCUCAUGAGCUCACCCUUCUCACAGCUGAACUUUCUAUCAGUUCAGGAUAGAUAAGAAAGCUUGUAAAUACUGUAAUAUAGUUAUUAAUAUUUGAAAGGCGUUCAUUCAGUGGACAAUGAGAAUUAACUCUCCCAAGGCAAGUAAAAGUUAAAUCAAGUAAUUGAUUUGUACAUCAACUUAACAGUCUUACUAGAUUUCAAGUCUUAAGCCUUACAAAUUAAACCAGAAAGUUGUUAUGUAGGAGUUUUAAAAAUGAUCUUACAUUUGAUGAGAUCCCAUGAACUCAUAAACUCAUGUCAUGUGAUUAUCACCGUGAGCUCAUACCAUGAAUUUUUUAAGGCUUUUAUUUUUCUAACUGUAUUAAUAAAUGUUGGACUGAUUUUAGGUGUCACAUAGGAGACAUGAAAGUUUUAAAUUAUGUUGCUGUUUGCUAAAGCAAAAUAGCAGACAAUUUUGUACAUGCAAAACUGUUGAAGGGCCAUGGGGAAAUGUGUACACGUUGACCUGGCUUCCCGUGUGUAUAAAAGUCAAGGUACUGCUGGCAUUCAGCGUGACAUGACAGUACUAAACGUUUUCCAUUAAAGUCUUUUAUUUUAAAAUUUAUCAAGGGGAAAAUAAAUGACUUUCCAUCA